AUGACGUCUGCCACAGCGAGUCCUCGACCACGGCACCACUCCCGCAGCUUCUCCAGCGAUGCGGAGCACUUUCCCGUCGCCACGAGCUCGCGAUCACCUUCCGCCAUCUCCUCCAACGCUCUCCCAAGGCGCGCGCGCAGUGGCACCUCCUCUCCUAGUCCUCCGAUGUCUGGUGCUAAUAGCCCCAGAAGACUGUCAAAUUCAAGCACCUCGCCCGACUCGAUCGCAUCGACCACUGGGACCUUCUCCGAAAGUUCGAGUGUUGCGAGCAGCCUCAGCCACACUUCCAGUACCUCAAGCAUUGCAACGCUGGACCGCCAUGAGCGCUCGAACGCUUCGGACGCCUCUCAGCCAUCCCGGAAACGAUCACCGAACGGCGACACUAACGCAAAUUCGGCGUCUGCUUCCGACGCUGCCGCGUUGGAGAGGCUGCGGCAAGCACAAGCGAACCGGCGUCCAAAAAUGUUGCGGCUCACACCAGCCUACUCUAGCCUGCCAUCGCGUACCGCGAGGUCGCCACUCACAGUUGAGUUGGCCUCGCCGGCCUCCUCAUCCUCAUCGACUCCAACUCCGAGAUCAGUCUCAGAUGGAACACCCCAGGUGCAAGCGCUCGCUUUCCCCAGCAAAGGCGCUCGCACAAUUGUCGAUCCUCCGAAGAGCGCGCCCCUGCAUCCAUCCUCCCGCAAAGCUUUGGCGAUGAAGGCUGCGGCGCCAGAGAUCGAGUCGCCAGGUCUUCAGCUGGAUCUGAGCCAUCUGCCAAGUCCUUCAUUGCGCGAUCUGCAUGGAGCGACUACUUCUCGUAUCCCCGACGAAGCACCGCGUGAUAGGAAUGGAAACCCGCUCAAAUCGAGUCUAAAGUCUCCAGGUGCAUCUCUGUUCCUGGCACCGAGGGCAGAUAGCACACCGUCACUGCCUGCUUCGAAGUACAGAAGUGCGCAAAGUGUGCCAUCCACACCCACCGUCAAGGCAGUGCACUUCGACCCUCAAUUAGAGCGGGUCAAGGUGUUCAAGUUCAAACAGCGACCGACCGCCGUCUCUCGUGAUGGUAGCCCGGAACACACAGAAACUGAGACCGAAGAGGAGCGGGACUCGAUGCCCUAUGUUCAAUACGGACGUCACCGUGGCCACAGCUCGCCAGAGCCAAGUCAGCUGCAAUUUGGCGACCGAACACAUUUCAGCUCUAUGCCUGCACAACCUGCAGAGGCCGAGGAGCAGCUGAUCCUGCGGCUGCCCAAUUUUCCGUCGUCUACCCGGCUCUCCACCGAUCGCGAAGUCUUUUUGGAGCGCAUCUUCUUGGCGGAUGACCUCAGGUCCGUGAAGGGGACAGUACAGGUGCGCAACAUGUCGUUUGAGAAAUGGGUGGCUGUUCGAUUCACGCUGGACAAAUGGGCUACGGUGAAUGAAGUAUCGGCAGAGUAUGCCGAGAGCAUUAAGGGCGGGACCGCAGACCGAUUCGGUUUCUCCAUUAAGCUCAACGAGCUCCUCAGUUGGCCGCGCGGUGCAGCGUCUCACGAGACCAAGAGCAUGUACCUCUGCCUCCGCUACACCGUUACCGGUCAGGAGUUUUGGGACAAUAAUGACGGACUCAAUUAUCAGCUCGACUUCCGCAAACGUAUGGCUCCUUCGACUCCGGUCAGCACACCAGCGGCAGUGCCAUCUGCGCCUGCGAUUGUGCCCGCCAUGUCAAGCGACCCUGGAUCUCGCAUGCGGCUUGGGAACAGGAACUCAUCCUUGUCUGCUGUUCCGCAGAGUACGAACAAGACACGUGUAUUCGAGCUGGCACGCAGAGGUGUUGGCACUUCGAAGGGUGGCUUCGCGAUGGAAGACCUUCGUAGAGAGCUCGACAGGCUCAAGUCGGACGAAGAGGAGGAAGAACGGUUCUCAGCAAGUGUUGCCGGCGGUAGGGACGGUGCUUCUUCGCCCACCCCGAACCCCCGCCACGCGAGCAUGCGCAAAUUCUCACCUCCCGCAUCACCAGGGCAGCGCAGCAGCUCCCCUUCGAUGUGGACGAGUCGUUACGACUUUGGCCAGAGCUUGCGCGAUGUGCAGAUCGGCGGUCGUCCUGCGCAGCGCGACCGGGCUUCGGCGCUUGAUUACUUCUCAGCCAAACCAAGUCCUCGCACUCCGACUCCCAGCGAUUACCACUCCGCUGGCCCAGUCGGUGCUGAAACGCCAACUCAGUCUAGCCAUCGCCUCGCAGCUUCUAUUGAUAGCUCCACCGGCAAGUCCUUCGUCGCAAACGUGUCUUCUCCCAAUGGCCGCGUUAGCAUCGCUAGUACCCCGGCAGACUCUCCAGACUUCUCGCACAAGUUUGGCAUGAUCUCCCCUGGACUCGAGCAUCACGUGGAGCAUCAGCCCUUCCUUUCGACCGCUUCCCCAUCGCCCACGCGUGCCUCUCCGCCUACUCCAUUGGCAACUAUGUAUGAGGAGCCGCUUGGGGACGAUAGGUUCUACACCUUUCCCCGGAGGCGCUCCCCAAAGCCUAGUCCUGGCUUGUCUCCGCUUGGUGCUGUUGGGCGAGUCUUUUUCGAGGGUUCGGGCAUGCUUGGCAACGGUGUCAAAUCACCCGCUCCAUCAGCGAUUCGCACCCCAAGUCCCCCGUACGUUGAUGAGUACAAUAAAGGUCGCCUGGACAAGGCAGCUGAGCACACCAGUGAGCUGUCAAGCUCGAGUCAAGGCCUGAUCGUGGAUGACUUUGGCAGUCCCUCGUCCUCACCUUCUUCGCCGACUUAUAGCGACGUCGGUACCUCCUUUGCUACGCCAGCGGAUUCGAUCACCAGCAUAUCGUCCAACGAAGGGGAAUUGACGGUCUCGGCUUCCCGUGACAAUCGCGCCCCCCGCUACAUUGCCGGCCAGCCCAGCUUAGCGGGCGGCCAGACGAAGAAGAGCGCCAUCGACUCAUCGCCUCGAGGCUCCGUGUCUUCGCUAGGGUCGGAAGGCGGGUCAGAGGGUGCUUUGCGACCAUCCUCAAUUAGCAGUAUGGACGAGCUUAUUGCCAGGUACUGCUGGAAUGCGGAGCUCGUGCCUAGCGGUGGCUCCUUGAUCCCCACUAUGGGCACAGAUGCUGGAUCUUUAGGCUCGCCUUCGACUCCCAGAGCACCGAGCGCAACCGCCAGCGGGGCAACGACGCCAACCCUUGCCUGA